UCCAUAUAUUUUGUUGCUUGUUGCAUUUUAUUUGCAUAUCUUGUUUGCAAUUAAGUCAUAAAAUUUUGCUCCGAUAAUUACUACGCUACCAGAGAGAAAAUGGAGAGCGGCCAUUUAAAAAACCGUAAUAGCUUUUCCGCUCUGUAAGCCAGAGCUCUGUGUCUGCGGGUGGUGCACAUUGGCAACUACGUAGCCAUGUCGAUUUGUCGGUGCGAUUCUCUGAUCGAAUCAUUCGCUUGGCAUGAUGCUUUGGAAACAGCCUUAAAGAAUUAGGAACUGCGUUCCUUUAAUUUUGCAAUUAAAACCAGCCUUGAUUCGUCUUCUUUUUUGUGCAAUUUAAUCCAUAUUAGACGUGAAGACUGAAACACUACCGGUACCGGUUUCACGAUCGUCAGUAUUGUAUUGGUUUGUAUUACUGGAGUACCGUGAAGAACCGAGUUGAUAACGAAACUACAACGUACCGUGACGAAGGGUCUGCAGUCGAUUUUGCAUUGCCAUCAAAAUCUCGAAAUAAAUUACACAGACAUCUGUCUUGUGGUUGCACAUUUUUGCUCAAUACCAGCUAAAUUUCAUCAUUCGGAGCUGAAGAGACAAAAUCGACCAUGGAGGAGAAAUUGUUGCAUAUGCUCGAGGAUGUUGGAUAUACAGGACCAAUGCUAGAGGAAGAAAAGCUGAGAGAAGCUUUAAAACUUGGUGCAAAAUCAACAGAUUUUACUAGUCUUGUAGCUUGGUUUGCUGACCAACUGGCGACAUUUAUUGACAUUGAUGAGACUGUUCAUGCUACAACCAGUGCAGAUGAUGCUAGUUCCUUUCUCUUAGAGUUAAGUUUCUUUCUUAAAGAAUUAGGAUGUAUAAAUGAGAAACUAAUGACUGGACAUGUAAAUCAAAGACUAGCCAAUGAGUCUGAAAGAGCUAUUCUGAUAGAAUUCUUAGCAGCUGAACUUAUGUCUUGUAAAUUAUUAGAGGUGAAAUGUCCUAAAGAAGAAAAGCAAUUGGAAGUAACUAUUGAUGAAAGUGACACAGCAAGGGACUUGAAAAAUAUGCUGGUGACAUUGAAAUUUCAAAAACCACCAGAUAAUAUUUCACCUGAAAUGUUGUUCUCAAAAUUAGAAUCUAAAUUACAAGAAGUAUUAAAGACUGUACCAUCCGAGCAUCUAGGUAAACCACUUAUAGACGUUGAGCUUUCUGUUAACCAAUGGAAGGAAUUAGGUGAACUGCAGGAGGAACUGCACAAGGAAUACACAAUUCGUCGUGACACGUUGCUCAAGCGUCUUGAUGUCACAGUUCAAUCAUUCCUGUGGUCGGACAGAAUAAAACCGCAGGAAACUCAAGUUAACACUAAAUACGAGGAGAGAAGAAAAAUUUUGAAUAAAGAACCGAAAGUAACAAUGGCUGAUUUGCUAGCGGCGAGAGACGAUCUUGCGGUGAUUGAGAAGACGAGUAGUGUUAAUGUUCGCAAAAACACACGAAGCAAGAUCAACAGCGUCAUUAUAGGAGCGGUGCCGGACAGAGGUGGUAGACCUUACGAGCAAGAACCACCUCCACCAGAGAUGCCUCCAUGGCAAAAGGAUCGGGUCCAAGGGCCACAAUCGUCCGGGAGCAAUCGAGGAGGUGGAAGAGGUGGUAAUGUUAGAGGAGGUGGUGGUGGUGGUGGUAGGGGAGGUGGUAGUGGCGGUUAUCGCGAUCAUAAAGACGCUACCAGUAAUUUCGGUCAAAAUAUAGACUAUCAGCAGCCCCAAUAUUCCGGACAAGGCCACAGAGAUUGUUAUCCGGAUCACAGAGACUCGGGAGGAUAUCAAAGAGGCGGGGGUAGUAGUGGUGGUGGUGGUUAUAAGGGAGAUUCCGGCAGAAGUUACGGUCAAAAUUACAAUCAGAAUCAAGGUCAAAGCUACGGACACAAUCAGGGUCAAAGCUACGGGCAGAACCAAGGUUACGGACAGAAAUAUCAAAAUCAGGGACAGAAUUACGGUCAAAAUUACAACUAUCAACAGUCGCAAUAUUCCGGCCAAAGAGAUUCUUACGGAGGUGGUGGAGGCGAAAGAAACACAUCACACGAUAAUUAUUAUCAGGACAGGAGAGAUGGCGGAGGAAAGGGGGGAAGAGGAGGAAGGGUUCAAGGUGGAUGGAAUCAGGGAGGCAAUAAUUCCAACACCAAUAACUAUCAGCGUGGCGGUUAUAACCGAGGCAGAGGUCGACAAUACUGAAGCUAGUUUGCAUGUAUUUUUAGUGAUAAGUGAGACUUUUAACGCAGGAAGCUAUACUGAUAUUAAUGUAGCCAUGGUGAUAGUAAUGUAAUUACUAUUCUUACGCUUAUAUUAUUAUACUCACAUGUAACACAAUUAAAUGCAACUGUGGUCUCAAAAUAUUCGAGUCUGGUAUAUCUUUAAGGAAGAAAACGAUCUUGAAAUUACGUAAUAUUCCUAGAUUUACAAAGUUAGUUAACUUUUUGCAAAAGUUCUAACGUUGAGCACCACUCCAAUAAGAUAGUAAAAUUGUUAUUUAUUGUGCUCUCUCGCGAGCACGUUUUGUAAUGCCAAGCUUUUGCUUUUUGUCUUUUAAUUGAAACACAAAUUUGUAUCGCGUACAUACAAUGUAGGUAUACAAUGCAAUUCUGCGUUUUCAAUAGCAGGUUGCAGAUUGAACAAAGAUACAAAUUUACAUGUAAAUAUAUAACUUGUUCAACCAAAAGCGAUCAAAAUUUAAUAUAUAUAAAGCGAGAUGUGAAGACUGUAAAUCUCAAGUUACGAAAAAUUUAUACUAGAUUGUGUGCAUUACAUGUAUGUAAACAUCUCAUGAAUGUGUAACAUAAUAAUUCUACGCAUAAUAUAUAUAAACUCGCACGAUUAUUAUAUUCCCAUCAUGAAAACCAGAGAUGAUAAUAAAGACGCUUGUAA